AUGACGAAGCGUGGAUGGCAUAGAUAUUUCAAUGACAAUGAUGUCAGUAAUUGGAGUGUCUACGGGUUUCAUGAAACAUGGAUACAUCAACACAGAGACAAUCCAAAAAACCUAUGCUAUCAAAAGGCAAAUGACACUCUCACAAAAAGUCUAUGCUUGCUUAUUAAUGAUUGUGAAGAUGACAUGAAGAAGCAGGGAGCUGCAAAACUUCUAGCAAACAAGCUGGCAAGUAUAUUAUUGAUUGCCCAUGUUAGGAGGAAUCAACUUUUUGCUGAUCCUCUGAAUGCCUUUUUGGAUGCAUGGCUUGUCACAAUGCCAAUAUGCAUGCAUGGGAGCAAAUGCAAUCAUGGAAGUGAUCUUGAUGAACUGUGGAUUCCUAUAGAAUGUAAGAAUCUUGAGAAGGCAGCACUUGCAAAAUUAAAUUGUCAACAGGUUGAGAAUGCCACAAUAUACUCAAGUGCUUUAACUGAUGUUGCAAUGACAAGUCUAA